AAAAAAGAAGAGGAGAGAGACGGAAAGGAAUAUGAAUCUCUAAAUCAGAGGCCACUGCUUAUCUUCUUCUACAGCUCCAACAACGUCAGAGGAUUGCAGGCUGCAGACUGAGCGACGGAGAUAACUAUAAUCUUCUGCCGCGCCAUCAGCCAUGCGCUUUGUUCUUCAUAAACAGUAGUUCUUUUCUUUUUCUUCAGUUUCAGUAGCUUAGUGGAGCUUUCCUCUGUUGAAAAUGGCCAUCGGCAGUUUGGUUUCUAAUCGGAACUUUGGUUCCUUCGUCGGCUCAGGAAAAGCGUGCAAGACAGAGAAAGCAUUUUCUCACCAUGCAGUAGAACGUUCGGUUAUCUCUGCGGCUCGAUAUGGACAGGCGAAUUUGUUUUCUAGAAAGUCACUUGGUUUCAGAUUAAAUAGUUCUUGUCCUAGGAUCUCAUGUUCCACAUUUCUUCAUGCUCGAGCCCGAGAUGGAAAACUUUUGAAGUCACAGAGAGUUUAUACAGAUGAAACUGCUGGAUCAAGAUUGCCAUUUAUCCAAAGUACCAUCAGUUGGCCAAGAAGAAAAUGCAGAUGUUCUCCUCACUGUACUACUGCUUGCAUUCUAACGAGUGGACCUAGUUGGUGGCAAUGCCAAAAGUCUCGGCAUGUUAAGGUCAACCGAACUUCUGCUCGUUACAAAUCAAAUGACUUUGAUAUAACAAAAGGAGAUGUGGAUGCGUUGGCAUUGGCAGAGGGGUCAGGUGAUGCACUUUUUAUUGAAGGCAAUGAGCAGUUAGUAUCGCCUUGGUGGGAGCGCUUUCCCAAACGCUGGGUGAUUGUAUUGCUUUGUUUCUUAGCUUUUCUGCUAUGCAAUAUGGAUCGUGUGAACAUGAGUAUUGCCAUACUUCCAAUGUCGAAAGAAUUUAAUUGGAACAGUGCAACAGUUGGCUUGAUCCAGUCAUCUUUUUUCUGGGGCUACCUUCUAACACAGAUUGUUGGAGGGAUAUGGGCAGACAAAAUUGGUGGAAAGCUCGUGUUAGGUUUUGGAGUAGUCUGGUGGUCAAUAGCAACCAUAAUGACACCUAUUGCUGCAAGAAUUGGGCUUCCUUUCCUGCUUAUGAUGCGUGCUUUCAUGGGAAUUGGUGAGGGUGUUGCAAUGCCUGCAAUGAACAAUAUUAUAUCAAAGUGGAUUCCCAUAUCAGAGAGAAGCAGAUCACUUGCACUAGUGUAUAGUGGCAUGUAUCUCGGUUCUGUGACGGGAUUGGCUGUCUCACCAGUGCUAAUUCACAAAUUUGGAUGGCCAUCUGUGUUUUACUCAUUUGGAUCUCUUGGAAGUAUAUGGUUUGCACUGUGGCUAACAAAAGCAUAUAGCUCUCCAAAGGAAGAUCCAGGUCUCAGUGCAAAGGAAAAGGAGUUUAUCUAUGAUGGAAGCAUUUCGAAGGAACCUGUGGAAGUUAUUCCGUGGAAACUAAUUUUAUCAAAAGCGCCUGUGUGGGCUCUUAUAAUCUCCCAUUUCUGCCAUAAUUGGGGAACCUUCAUUCUGUUGACGUGGAUGCCCACAUACUAUAAUCAGGUUUUGAAGUUCAACCUCACUGAAUCUGGACUCUUCUGUGUUCUGCCAUGGUUGACCAUGGCUGUUUUUGCAAAUAUAGGAGGAUGGAUUGCAGACACGCUUGUGAGCAGAGGUUUUUCCAUCACUACAGUUCGAAAGAUAAUGCAAUCUAUUGGAUUUCUGGGACCAGCUUUCUUCCUUACUCAGCUGAGUCAUGUUAGAACACCUGCCAUGGCAGUGUUAUGCAUGGCAUGCAGUCAGGGAUCUGAUGCGUUUUCACAAUCUGGUCUCUACUCCAAUCACCAAGACAUCGGACCAAGAUAUGCUGGAGUAUUGCUGGGAUUAUCAAACACCGCAGGCGUCCUCGCCGGUGUCUUUGGUACAGCAGCAACCGGAUACAUACUCCAACGAGGUUCAUGGGAUGAUGUAUUCAAGGUGGCAGUUGUAUUGUACAUCAUGGGCACAUUAGUGUGGAACAUCUUUUCAACUGGAGAAAAAGUCCUUGAUUAAAUCAAAUGGAGGAUGGCCUCUAUGUCUACAAAUAGUAAACAAAGUCAAAUCCCAUCAGUUGCCAAAUUUUAUGGAGGAAAAGAGAAAACAGGCAAGUUUUAGCAACUAUAAAACCCCACCCAUCCUCAAAUGGCGUAUCAAUUUUUCUUUUUCCUUCUAGCAACAGCUUUCUGAGUUGGCUUCAAAAAGAAAGAAAAAUUUGAAAAAGGAAAAAAUAAAAAAAAAAAGGAAAGAGAGAGAGAGAGAGAGAUAGAUAAGGGAGAAAAAAAAACCCCCACAUACAAAUUAUUCCACGCCCCUACUCUUUACUUUGUUCUUUGUUCUUAUAAUAAGAAGUUUGUUUGUUCCCCCUCUUUGCUCCAAGCCUAAUCACUAAUUCAAUUAUUGUUUCUCA